GCAGUAAGCGGAGAGCAUUCGGAAGCGGUGCCGCUCAGCCGCCGGGGCAAAGGAAUAGGCCAGCGGUUCAUCAGCGGGAGGACAACGAGAGGGAAACCUUCGCUCUCAAGGCAAGAGUCGGGUCAGAGUGGGAGAGUCUGCAAGCCUGACAGAGUGGAGGAGAACGGCUGAAAGAACGGCGGCAUUUUGGAUGGUCGUGCGCGCGUUUCGGUUGGGAGCGCGAGCGGAAUCCAAACGGCCGCUCGAGCUUCUCCCUCCAAUAAACAUGGAGGCGUGAGGAGGAGAGGGGAGGACAGGCAAUCAUCAUUUGCUUAUCACGGACUUGAAGGGAGAAAGAAAGAGAGGAAUGUUUCAAGGUGAAGCGCCGCUGGCGCGGUGCAGCAACUCGGCGUUUCUCCUUCAUCGUUACACUUUCCUAUGGAGGAGCUGGAGUUUCUAACAACCUGCCGCUCGCUAUGCCCAAGCCCAGCAAGGGCAAUGGAGAACUGCCCCUGCCACCCGGUUGGGAAGAGGCGACCGAUUACGAUGGGAAGUUGUACUACAUUGACCACAACACCAAGCAGACGAGCUGGGUCGAUCCCCGCGACAGAUGGACCAAACCCCUCUCCUUUGGUGAUUGCGUAGGAGAUGAGUUGCCUUUGGGUUGGGAAGAAGCAUUUGAUGCACAAGUCGGAAUCUAUUACAUUGAUCACAAUACACAGACAACACAGGUAGAAGAUCCUCGAGCUCAGUGGCGUAGAGAACAGGAGCGCAUGUUGAAAGACUAUCUAAUCAUAGCGCAAGAUGCACUAACUGCACAGAAGGAAAUUUACCAAGUAAAACAACAGAGAUUAGAAUUGGCCCAGCAUAAAUACAGGCAACUAAACGAUGUCUGGAAGGAUAAGUCAAGUUCCCAGACCAGCUUGUUUUCUGGCUCUUCGUCUAGUACUAAGUAUGACCCUGACAUUCUCAAGGCGGAGAUUUCAACAACAAAAUCUAGGGUGAAUAAAUUGAAACGAGAGCUGACUCAUAUGAGGCAGGAGCUUCAGUACAAAGAACAAGGAUUUGAAACUCUAAAAGCAAUCGAUCUAAAGAUGUCAGGAACUCAGGGAGGAUACAAACUUGAUGAAGCACAGGCUAUUAUGAACGAAAUGAAAACUAUCAAAAGGGCUAUUAACUCAGGAGAGAAAGAAAAAAGAGAUCUCAUACAGAGCUUAGCCACAUUGAAAGAUGGUUUCCGAAUUGAGGCAGGAUUUCACUGUGAUCUCUGGACGAGUCAUACAUCAUUAUUAAGCACAAACCAGCCUGUUAACCCACAUUUCUCAGAUGUUGGCUCCCAGACAGAUAUUUCAGGAGAUUUUGUUUCUAGCAAUAAUGCUAAACUGGCUGAGAAGGUGAGACUGAGCCUGCAAUAUGAAGAAGCAAAGCAAAGGAUUUCAAAUAUCAAGAUUGAACUGGCUAAACUUACCAGUGAGGCAUGGCCUGGAGUAUUAGAUGCGGAACGGGACAGGCUGAUACUGAUCAAUGAGAAAGAAGAACUUUUGAAGGAGCUGCAGUUUAUUAACCCUCGUAAAUGGGCACACAGUGAAGUAGAACAGCUGGAGAUGGAAAGGAAGCGACUGGCAGAUGAUCUUCAGGCUGCAAGGGACACACAAAGCAAAGCACUGACAGAAAGAUUGAAGAUGCAUAGCAGGAGAAACAACUUGUUGAGGGAGUUAGAAGAAGCAACACGUUUAGCCUCAUCAUUGCAUUCGCAGCUACAAAGUCUCUCAACCAGCACUUUGUCAUUAUCAUCUGGAAGUAGUAAAGGGUCAUUGACGUCCAGCCAUGGGUCCCUUGCUGCAUCAAGCCAAGGAUCUUCAAGCUCUGUUAGCUUCACCGACCUCUAUUAUGAUCAUCCAGAACACACUGUAGACUCUGACUAUCAGUAUAAACUAGACAUCUUGCUUCAAGAGGGCACUUCAGGCAACAGACCAGCAGGCUGCAUAACUACCAUUCAUGAAAAUGAAAUGGUCAGUUCUCGCAAUGGUUCCUCUUACAUGGAUACUUGUGGAGCUUCAAGCAAGAUUCAAGCACGGAGGUCUUUGUCUGAGACUCCAAAAUCUCUUUCUUCGCUAUCACCUAGGUCUUCCUUGUCCUCCUUGUCACCACCUAGCUCUCCCUUGGUAAUAGACCCUCAUUUUAUGGUUCCUUCAGGGGAACCCCUUUUGAACCAUGUUGCUACAGACAUUGAAGAUACAGGACUGCUUGCUGAUAUUGCUAACUUUGGUUUACACACUGAAGAUGAUAAUCAAAUUUCUUCAAGAUCUAUACCACCAAAUAAGGUUUUGUCACCGUCUUUAAAUUUGGAAGCUGAAAUUGGAUCAGAAUUAGGGCUUUGUAGCAAUUCAUCAAAAGCAUUGAGUGAAGAAUUUGGAAUUUGUAUAAAAAGCAAUGAAAGGAUAGAAGAUGCCAGCACUCAAACAGAGAUGUUUGGACCAGCAAUCCAUCGCAAAAUUACCGGGGUUUCUGCAGCUGUAUCAGAUGAGUCAGUGGCAGGUGACAGUGGUGUAUAUGAAGUGGUCAAAAGAUCAUGUGAGAUAGAAGAUGUACUUUCUGAUGAUGAAACUGAUGCACCAGGAGCUGCCAGACUCCAGAUUGGAAUGAAGUAUGAUGAUAAAAGCAAAAGAUUUGCUAUUUUUAUUAUUCAGUUGAGUAAUCUAGCAGCACUUUCCUUACCCCAGAACCGUACAGUUUAUAUCCGGGUGGCUGUACUCCCAUGCUCUGAGAAUACAAGUUGUCUGUUCCGCACCAAAUCAUCAGUUGCUGCUGAAAGCCUGACAUACAAUGAAGUCUUUUGGAUCACCAUUUCUUUUUCUGCUUUGCAUCAGAAGACUCUGCGAGUUGAUGUUUGCUCAGUGGAUAAAUCUCAUCGAGAAGAGUGUUUGGGUGGUGCUCAGAUCAGCCUGGCAAAUCUGAACAGAUGUGCAGAGUGGUCAACACACUGGUACAACCUCCUUAAUCUUCACUAUCUACAGGAGCAAAGCAUGAAGCAUAGUGCACAAAACGAAGCUGUUCUUCAAUCAGAAACUAAACUCCCCACAGCAGAGAAAAAAGAUUCUGUGUCUGCGCUCCUAGAGCAAACAGUUGCAGAGCUGGAGGCAGUGGAGAGGCGACUAGGAAAGAACAGAAAUUUGUUGAGUCCAGAAGAGGAAAGACCAAGUGCACCAGUGAAGGAAGAUGACUACAAAGAGAAAGAAGUAAGCAAGGAGGGAGAGCAAGAACAAGAAGACAAUGAAGAAAUACUUUGGGAAAAUGAAGACUAUGUUGAGAAUACCAAUGAGCUGACUGAUAAUCAGUCAGUGCUAGGAACACUUGUUGCAGUGAAGGUUGAUAAAGAAACUAACACAGAGGAGACUGUGACAAGUACUUUUGUUGUGCGUCCAAAGGAUAGAAGAACUCAUACUACUCAACAAAGUCCAUUUGUGAGAGGCAGUGCAAUUAUUCGUUCAAAAACCUUCUCUCCGGGUGCACAGAAUCCCUAUGUAUGCAGGUUAAAUCGAAGUGAUAGUGACAGCUCAGCAUUAUCCAAAAGGCAGCCCUUUGUUCGGAAUGCGAUGGAGCGACGCAGUUUGCGAAUGAAAAUGCCUUCAAUCAGAAGGGUAGGAUCAGAAAGGCUGAUGCGAACCUCUUUGGAUUUGGAAUUGGAUCUACAGGCAUCAAGGACCAGGCAGCGCAGGCUAACACAGGAACUCGAUACUUUGAGGGACCUGACACGACAAAUUGAUGAGGCCAAAGCCAGAGGAGAGACAGAACUGCCUCAGUGGGUGAAAGAGGAUGAGAGGUUUCAAACCUUGUUGAAGCAAGUUGAAAAACAGGCGGAGCAAACAAAAGAACAACAGAAACAGGAGAACAAAGUUCAAAGGCUUAUGAAGAAAACAUCGAAAGAGGUGAACAAGUUACGAGAACAGAGUCAAAAAGAGCCCCUAGAGAUGCAAUCAUUCUGGGAGAAGAUGGCAUUUUUCACAAGAGGAAGGGGAGGUAUCCUUCCAUUACCAGCUGAUGAUGUAUGAUCAGCACAAAGCCUUUUAAUUAUUUGCAGCAUAGUCUCUUACUGCUGAUUUUUUAAACAUGGUUUAACUGAAGUUACAUAUUGUGAUGGUACAGAUAUAUUUUGUAAAUUUAGAGAACUGUUUUUGUAGUCACUGCAUUGUUCGAAUGUAUUAAAACCUACACUUCACUAUAUGUCGAACUCUUGUAGAGGCAGUGUAGCAUAGAUUAAUGUUAAACUAAUUUGUACAGUUUAUAUUUCAAAGUUUGUAAAAAAAAAACAAAAAAAGACAUCCAAGAACAAAAUCUGUUGAAAAUACUUUCAAAAAGAAAUGUUGCUUUCAGUUUAUUGUACAGUAAAUAGUUUUAUAAAUGUUAAGCUGCAAUAGAUGAGGCACUAAUUAGAAACUGUGAUUAAAUAACAUUCAGUAUUGUUUGUGAUGUCAUUGUCUUGAGGUACAUCAACAGAAGCUCUACAUUCUUCUGUCAAGAUAGUCUGUUAUCUAAUAUUGUAAACAAAGCCCCCUUCAUUUUCUCCAGUAUAUAUUUAUAAAAGUUAGGAAAAUUUACUUCUGGAAAUAAUGUUAUGUAGUUUUUAAACAAUGUGUAUUGUAUUUGUGUGCAAGUUGAAUGAUCUUUAUUUAAGGGAAAAAUCUAGUUUUGACACUGAAUGGUCAGUUUUAGGACCAAGUAAAUGACGGUUACUGUUUUUGUAACUAGCUCUGUUUACUUUGCAUUCUUCUUGCUGAAACUGGGAAGAAUUGGAAAGUCUUAACAAUGUUUGUUCUUGUGAAAGAGCCAAUUCCAGCUUGAAUGGCAUCAGGUACCUCUCCUGCACUUAGGGUAAUGCUAUGUGCCAACAGCCAUUGGUUAUAGGUACAAAAAAUUCUGGCAUUAAUAAACUUUUUUGAGUAAUGCUGCUAAUAAUAUUAGGUUUGUUAAAAUUAAAAUGAUGCAGUUUUAUUAAGGAUUUUUUGUUUGAGCUGAUCAGGAAGUGAUGCUCACAGAGCAUAGGAUAGCUCAGAAACAAAGGAAAUUGGUGAAGAAACACAUUUUGUUGAAGCUUCUAGUCUUACACUGAUUAUUUCUAAGAAUUUACAAAAAAUACCAUUCAGUAGCAACAUAAGCUGCCUCAAGCCAAAAUGACAUUCUGCACACUACAUAAAUGAGUAAAAUGAUAUGAGCUUCUGUGCCAUUUCAUUGUUAGAAAUGUAAACAAGUGACAGGUGGAUCAUAACAGGCAGUAUAUUCCUUCAGCUAUCCACAACAUGAAAGGUACUGACUUAUAACCAACCAGUCUGCAUUUGCAAAAUUUAUAGCAGUGUCCAACUCUGGAUGUGAUUCCAUGAUUUUGGACAACAUUUGCUACAUCAACCUGAGUGUGCAAAAAGAUUAUGAUGCCAACCAAGUUGAGAUGGUCAGCCAGGCUCAAGAUGUAGCAUAGUUACAUGUCAUGAAAGUUACAUUUAUUGAUGCACGGGGCCCUGUACUUUGCAGACGGAAAGAAUAUAUACGCUCACUGCCACUGUCUCAAAUGAACAAAAUAGGUGAUAGGCAAUUCCCUCACAAAUCAGUUAUCCUGGCCUGUUUAAAAUUUGAACAAUGGUUGGCAAUUAACUGUCAGUUAUCAUUAACUUCAUUGAUAUGCCUUUACCAAUCAGAAUCUACUGACAACCAAUCAGCACACUUCACAUAAAGUAUAACUGUUAUGUUCCCUUGUUUUGUAAAUUGGCUUGAUGCAUUCAAGAUAACAAUCUUUGCUAAUAUUCAAGUUCUGUACUACCAAACAUUUAUACGAUGGAAAGUAAGGCAGCAAGUAAACUAUGCAUAAUGCAUUUGUGAGUCAGCUUAACAGUCUGAUCUGAUUUGAUUUGUAUGAUUUUAUAACUGUCACAUGUACCAAGAUACAGUGAAAAGCAUUGUCUUACAUGCUUUGCAGCCAGAUCAUGCUAUACAAGUGCAUCAGGAUAACAGAACAGAGUGCAGCAUACAAUGCUACAGCUGCUGAGAAGGUGCAGAGAGACAGAUCAACAUUAACAUGGGAACAUGGCUAACAAAAAAUUCAAUCCCUUGUAGCAUGAUGUUCUAUCCUUGUCAAGCAUUCUAUCCUUGUCAAAUUCACACCACGUUUUCAUAAUUUAACUUAUAUCAUAUUCUGGAGCAACUAACUCUGGAAGCUAUGGUGUGAGGGAAUAUUACAUGUUGUGCCUCUAUGUAAGUGGGUGAUGCUGAUGAGUCUUUCAGAGUGAGGCUUUCUCUUGAGAAUGAGAGAAGGGGGAGGUGGUGACUGAAAUAACUCCAUGAAGGCUGAUAUGCACUGACCAAGUCACUCUUUAUUUACAUCUGCAUAGUACAUGAUGCUGACCCAGCUAGCUCAGAGCUGGCUCCUAGAAUGAACAUAACCCCUGACACUCCUGUUUUUUUUUCUUUUUCUCCACACUAUCGCCUAACUGCGGUAGUGCUUAUUUAUUCCCCCGCACCCAUGUUGUGUGUGUGCAGGUGUAAACACACCUUUUUAUAUCUAUCAGACAGGACUCCCUGAUUGAACCAGGUUAAUAGCCCCAAUCAGGGAACUCCAACUCCAUGAGAUCCAAUUGGCUGACCUCAUUCCAAUCACCACUGGUUGUCGGGCUGAAGGUUUUUCAUGUCCCUAGUAUCUGACUCAACCACGUAUCCCUUUCAAAACUGCCUGGACCUCUCCUUCCUUCCUUCACCCCAGGCUAUUGCCUGUGCACAGAAACAAAAUAAAACAGAGUGAAAUGGCAUACCAGAAGCUUAAGCCAGAGAACAAGCAACAAAAUUCCAGAAUGUCCAGGACAUUUGGUCAUCUGUCACAUUCCCAAAUGGUUAUUUGGACUUGUACACUCUUAAUUUAUUAUUCACAGAAUGUGUACGUCAGGCUAGACCCACAUUUAUUGACCAUCCCCAAUUGCCCUUGGGAAGAUGUUGGUGAGUUGCCUUUUUGAACCACUGCAAGUCCAUAUAAUACAGGUGCAGUUCUAGUGCUCCUAGAGAGUUCUAGAAUUUUGUUUGUGAAUUUACUGACCUCAUUCACCACACUUUGUCUGAUUAAGGGAUUUCAAACUGAACUUACUAACAGCACCAGAUUCCAUAAAUGUUUAGAACUGAAGAUACUGGCCUACAUUGUAACAAUGUUGAAUAAAUUGCUGCUUGAUUUGCUAAGGAUCUGACUGCUGAAGCCCUCAAAUGUUUGCAAUGCACACUUAGUAGUGCUGCAAUGGUGUCAUGCAUGCACAGACCCGAACAGAUGAUGUCAUUUUUGGAGGUAUUAUGUCAUCAGCGCUGGGCAUGCACGUCACAAACCAAUGACUUCAUUACACUAUGCAGUGUGACAUCACUAGCACUGUGCAUAUGCACAGUGGAAAACAUGCUGAUUCACCUGAAAAUAGAAUGCUGCACUAUUGUGGGAUUCAAAAUAAUUGCUUUAAGUAGAAAAUGUUAUGAUGUACACAUGAAGAAAAAUGAGAGUGCAGUUGAAAUUGAUAACGUCAGAAGUCACACGAUACCAGGUUAUAGUCCAACACGUUUAUUUGAAAUCACAAGUUUUCAGAGUGUAGACCCUUCAUUAGGUGAAGGGCUACACUCUGAAAGCUUGUGACUUUGUAUAAAGCUGUUGGACUAUAACCUGGUGUUUGUGACUUAUGACUUUGUCCACCCAAGUCCAACACCGGUACCUCCACAUCAUGAAAUUGAUAAUGAUGGCAGUUUCAGGCCUUUUUCUACAUCCGAAACAUUUUAUUCUGUUUUAGUUGAGAGAUGCAUACGUUUUGUAAUUUCUUUUAUGCUGUUUUAAAGCAUUGAUUAAAUAUUAAUUGAUUAUUAAUUCCUUUUGACUUUCCUUGUUUCCUGAUGGAUAUGACUGAACAAUUCUGUGCUUCUUUGGGAAAACUGAAGAUUGAGACCUUUGGUGAACUCACCUCAAAAUUGGAGAUCUUUUAGCAGGCAGAAGAGAGUUUGCGAUGGAGUGUAACACUUUUAACACAUCUCCCAUAUCACUGACCUUGGUGCCUUCAAGGCUUUCAUCUAUCGAUAUCUCAGUCACCACCUCCCUCUCACCGAUCAGUUCCCCUCCUGGUAACAGAUCCCUCACCCAGUCUGUUCCCCUCCAUGCCCCCCAUGAUUUGGAGAUGUCGGUGUUGGACUAGGGUGUACAAAGUUAAAAAUCACUCAACACAAGGUUGUAGUCCAACAGAUUUAUUUGGAAGCCCUAGUUUUCGGAGUGCUGCCCCUUCAUAAGAUUGUAAGACACUUUUGCUGUAUGUUGUGUCUUACAAACUUAUUCUCCACAGCCACCUGAUGAAGGAGUAGCGCUCUGAAAGCUAGGGCUUCCAAAUAUACCUGGUGGACUACGAAUUGGUGUUGUGUGAUUUUUAAAUCAAGUAACACACCUCCCAGGUCAUCUCUCUGAGUCUGGAUCAGGAGCAGAUUCUGGAUCCAAUAUGACACAACAGUGCAGUAGAGCUUGACUCUAAUUCCCACUUGCCACCCUCAUCAGGAUUUAACCCAUUUAAGUAUGCUGAUUUGAUGCCAACUUUUCUUAACUGGCAGCCCAUUUCACAAAGAGUGCAAAUAGAGUUUCAGAAGAAAGUUAACACGCAUGCUGUGUGAUGUCAGCAUUUCCAUAUUUGCACCAAAUUCUCACAUUACAACAUUGCUUUCUAAUCCAUUAGUUUUACUGUGUUUAAGCAUUGAAACUUUAACGUUAGUAACUAAUUAUUUCCUGACAAUAGAAAGCCUAAAACUCAAUCCAAGUACACCAUUAACUGUCUCAUUUAUAGCAUCACUCAAAAGCACAAAUCCCAAGAUGAUGUUAUAUUUUGUACUCAUUGCUGUGCACAACAUUUGAAAAUUUGCACCAAUUGUGUUAAACAGUGUGUGGUUUUGGCACUUACUGAAUUGGACUAAGCAUAAGGAAAAAGCAGUUUAUGCAAAAAUGAUGACUAAUACAUCUUAUGGCUUUUGGCACUAGUGUUCAUGGUGCAAUACGGGCCAAACAGAUUUCCUGAAUUACUCAUUUUAACUGCAGCAUCUAUAUCAUUCCAACUGAUUACCUAAUUAAUUCAUAUUUUAAUUGUGACUUAGUUGAAUAUAAGUAGCCAAUUCUAAAUUAUGCAAAUUUUACUUUGUCAAAAAAGUUUUAAUUUACAGUAGAUGAAGAAUUUGUGUCAAUUCAGAAACGUAGAAACAGUGAUAAGACUACUGAAGAAGGGUAAUAUUGGGCUUGAAAUGUUAAUGCUUUCUCUCUCCACAGAUUCUAUCAGACAAUUUAUCUAAUUGAUUUUAUCUAACACAUCCUGUUUUUAUACAUGAUAAAACCACGUUUGUAUAACGACUUUAUUGGUGUGCUUUCACUUCAGAGUUUGCAUCAAAGAGAGGUACUUGCUGCCAUUGUGGGACAGUAAUCCCAUAUUAAUACAGGAAGAGAGCUUUCCAUAAAAGUAGUUGUGUUUUAGUUGUUCAAUUUGUUUUCCAAGUUAGUUCGUGAUCAUUGAAGUUUAAUUCUGUUUUUUCUUUAAGUGAUGGUAUAAUGAAGUUAUUAAGGAGAACGAAACCAUUUUUUUUUCCAAACAAAGGUGUUAAAUUUCGACAGUUUGCUUCUGUUUUGGACUAUAUGUUCUGUUUCCACAAAACAGUAAUAUGCUCACACCAAAAAGGAAUCUCCAUCCUUUUUGCUUUCACAGUGCGUGUUUUGGACUGACUGAUUUACUUCCAAAUUAAGACCAAACUCAAACAUUUCUAGAGAUUUCAAUGAGCCCAAGUCCUUAAUAAAACAAAACGCUAUACAGUUUUAAAUAUGUAACUGAUCAUUCAUUUUCUUAAAAGUUGACUAAAUAUCCUGUGUAACAACUGUUAAAACUUGGGGAUUUUAUUGACCUUAACUAUGUUUUUUCCCCCCGUCUAAACUUAGUAUGUCAUAAUUAGAAUCUUUUCGCUACUUUGGGAGUCAGACUGAAUAGUUUAUCACGAUUAAUCUAUAGAAUGAGUACCUCAGUUUUCUUUUUGCUGGCCUGUUAAAUGAAAAAUUCAAAUUGAUGUGUUCCAAAUUCUUGUUCAGGUCAAUGAAAAUAGAUUGAAGCAUAUUUUAGUGCCACAAAUUGAUAUUUUGUCCAAUGUGUUCAAAAUUUCAUGCAAACAUUUACAUUUCCAACAAAGGUGAAGCAUUUUACUUGAAUUUAAAA